UGACGCGCAUGAGGAGCGCCGCCCACCAGUUCCUAUUAGCAGUGAUUCCGCAAUGGAAUCAAACCGGGACGAUGCGGAGCGCUGUAUAAGCAUUGCCAUACAGGCCAUCAAACUCCAGAACAAUGAAAAGGCCCUGCGGUUCCUGGAGAAGGCUCAGAGAUUGUUUCCCACCGACCAAGCGCGAGAGCUCAUGGAAUCCCUCUCAAAUAACAGCCAGCCCAAUGGUACAGAGCCUCCGAAACCCCGUCACCGGAAAAAUGUAGCCGAACCAAGCCCGUCAGCUAAUGGAGAGGCCGGUGGAGAAUCUGGCAAGAGUUACACACCAGACCAACUUGACGCUGUUAAAAGGAUAAAAGCGUGCAAAGAUUACUAUGAAAUUUUGGGUGUAACGAGAGACGCGUCAGAAGAGGACUUGAAGAAAGCAUACCGAAAGCUAGCAUUAAAAUUUCAUCCGGAUAAAAACCAUGCUCCUGGCGCCACGGAAGCAUUUAAAGCCAUUGGGACUGCCUAUGCCGUGUUAAGCAAUGCAGACAAGAGAAAGCAGUACGAUCAGUUUGGAGAGGAGAAAGCCAGUGCCUCGCGACACGGACACUCUGACUUCCACAGAGGCUUUGAAGCUGACAUUUCCCCUGAAGACCUCUUCAAUAUGUUCUUUGGAGGAGGAUUUCCCUCUAGUAACGUUCAUGUAUAUAGCAAUGGCCGAAUGCAUUACACAUACUCUCAGAGACCAGACAGACGAGAACAACGUGGCGAUGGAAGUCUUGGUAUGUUCAUUCAGUUGAUGCCCAUUCUGAUCCUGAUAAUUGUAUCUGCUCUAAGUCAAAUGAUGGUGUCCAAUCCGCCUUACAGCCUGAGUCACAGACCGUCUGUGGGUCAUAUACACAAGAGAGUCACUGAGCACCUUAAGGUCCCAUAUUUUGUGUCAGAAAGCUUUGGCGAAGAAUAUACUGGCAAUAAUCUAAGAAAUGUAGAAAGAAGUGUAGAAGAAGACUUCAUAGCCAAUCUAAGGAAUAACUGCUGGAAGGAGAAGCAGCAAAAGGAAGGAUUACUAUACAGAGCUCGUUACUUUGGAGACUCUGACCUGUACCAGAGAGCACAAAGAAUGGGUACCCCAAGUUGUAACCGACUGACUGAAGUCCAGGCCUCAAUGCAUGGCUAGUCUUAGCACAAUGGAUUAAGCACAGGCCCUUAUUUGGAUGUAUGGAGCAAAAGCAGGAGUUUCUGCAGCAAAUCUGUGGAUUCCCCCUUAAGGGUGUAUAAAAAUGGUGAUGAAGAACUUUCCACUAAUUCUAUUUGGACUGCAACCCAGUAGAAGUAUAUUUCCCAAAGUAUGGUGCUGUCAACCAUCUACAACGCAUGCUUAGUGCUUCGCCUGUUUCUUGCAGAUAUUCACAGUUGCUGGAAAUCUUUGGCAAUACACCUUGUUCCAAGAGACAUGUGGCCUCGUUUCCUGCUGCGGGGCCUGGAGUGCAAUGUUUCCUAGUGCGUUACCGACUCUUCAGCUUCAAUCUAAUUAAAAAUUCAGAAAUGUCAAUGCACAAUCCCCUUGACAUUUUUCGGCACUGGUUGAUGUUUAAGCAGGACUGUGAACGUUCUCUCUGCUUCCUCCGACGAUCCCCGAUACGUUGUCCAUGGACUUUACCGCUCAACUAGGAUAUUCUGAGCUCUGCAGCAGUUGGGAUGAACCUGACCACCUGUGCGCCAAGGAGCCAGAUCCUCCCCCGAGACUGUGGCCUGAUAACUAACCAUACAGGAAUCUGAAGACUUUUAGGACAGAGAUGAAAACAGAAAAUCUAUUUAGAAUUAAUUUAUAGCUGUAUAUAUGUUGUACUUUUCAAGAGAAUUAAUUCUGCAGAUAUUGGAUGAAACCACUUUAGCCAGUUUCUGCUCUUCUAUUUAAACCGUUGUGUGAAUUAUUGUGUUGGCAUUGGCCAAAGGCUGAGUCUUUCAUAUUUAAAGGGGUUGUGCCGAGUUUAUAUGUUAUCUCCCUAUCCACAGCAUAGGGGAUAACUAGCUGAUCGCUGAGGGUCUGACCGCUGAGACACCCACCAAUCCAGAGAACAGAGAUCUCGUUCCUCCAUUCUGAUGGAGCUGCAGGUCGUGCAUGCGUACUGCCGCUCCAUUCAUUCUCUCUGUGAGCAUUGGAGAUAGCCGAGCACAGUGCUCAGCUACAAUAAAAGAUGAAUGGAGCGUCAGGGUACGUGGUAGACCUGUCUCUCCAUUAGAGCGGGGGAACGCGAAUGGAGCGGCAGUGAGCAUGCACGACCUGCAGCUCCAUCAGAAUGGAGGAACAGGACCCCCGUUCUCGGCAAUGGUGGGGAUUUCAGCAGUCGGACUCCCAGUGGUCACCUAGUUAUCCCCUAUCCUGUGGAUAGGGGAUAUUUUAAACUUGGCAGUACCCCUUUAAGAUAAUUGCAUCUGACUGAUACAUAUUUAAUAAAUUUAGAGACUAUUUGAA